AUGGAUAAUUUGACGGAUAAAGCAAUUAUUGACCUUGUCCAACAACAUCUAGUUCAGGAUAAUUCAAGCGAUCGUUCUGGAUCCAAUAAUACUGAUGCUACCAUUUCCAUACCAGACCCAGAUAAUGCACCACCUUCAAUAACCGCAAGUGCGGAAAAUAAUGGCAUUCUAUCAUCUUCCCCAGUGAAAAGUGGUACACCUGUCCCGUACCAUUUGCCAGGUGCAGCUAUUACUCAUGAUAUUUAUACACACGCAAAUAGCCUUCUGCAGUCCUCGCAGUGCAUGACGAGAUCUCGAUCGGUAGGUGAUAUCAAACAGAAAGCGAGUUCGCUCCUUAUACAGGAGGAGGAAGAUGCUGGAGGGUCCUCAAAUACCACAAGCGUGUGUGAUGAUGCAAAUGAAGCAUUUGAAAACCUUGAUAAACCCGGUGGCUUUAGACGAUUUCACAUUCACCAACAGCAUAAGUUAUUACAUAAACAACAUCUAGAAGAGGCAGGAGAAGACCAGAUACCUGAAUCGGAAGCGAACCCGGCAUUCACUGAGUUGUUUCGACCUGAUUCAUUGAUUUCGUUAGAGUCAAGACAAAUGUACACACCAGGAUUAAUUCAUGUAGAUAUACCAAAUAGUAACAAUAAUAACGCAUCCUCCUCUUCUGCAUCUUAUGUUCAUUCAUCUCCUCAUUUUCACCCUCAGCAGCAGAUGACUCGUCAUUUCUUAGAAUAUCUUGCCAUCACAUCAUAUUUCAAUCAGUUUGCUGGCGAAAACCUGUCAGACACCGAAGAGGACGAAGAAGACGAAGAAGAAGGUGAUUUGGAACAACAAAUUACAGAACGAACGGAAUUAUUACCAAACAAACGAAUCAGUGUCAAACGACAUCAAUCUUUCAAAAAGGAACAACAAAAGGCGGAAAACAAAGCCGAUGUUACGAAAACGUUUUUUCUGUUAUUCAAGGCAUUUAUCGGUAGCGGUAUUCUUUUCUUGCCUAAAGCCUUUUCUAAUGGCGGUCUCGUCUUUUCUAUUUUCAUUAUGUGGCUUAUGGGUGGUGUCUCUCUUUAUUGCUUCCUAUUAUUAUUAGAUUGUAAGAAUUACGUUACCGGCUCGUACGGCGAUAUUGGCGGAGAACUUUAUGGACCGUAUAUGCGUGCCAUUGUGCUAUUUUCAAUUGCGAUUUCGCAGUUAGGAUUCAUGUGCGGGGGCGCUAUUUUUAUUGUACAAAAUAUUGUAGAAGCUGUUCGUUCGUUGAGCGAUAAUACAAUCCAUUUGAACGAUGCCGCUGUUUUCAUCAUGCUGGCUCUUCUUACAAUGCCCUUGGUUUUAGUCCGUAAUAUCUCCAAGCUAUCACUUACUGCUUUGAUAUCCGACGUAUUGAUCAUUGGCGGCUUAUUGGCUUUAUUAGUUUUCGAUUUCGUCGAAAUCUUUGAAGAUGGCUUCACACAGCCCACGGCAGGUCCUGGUAUUCAAUGGCUGUUUAACUCAGCGCAUUACUCUGUAUUCAUUGGAACAGCUGUCUAUUCAUUUGAAGGGAUUGGUCUAAUUAUUCCUAUCAGAGAUUCUAUGCAGCAGCCAGAAAAGUUCUCUGCUGUAUUGACCAUUGUCAUGAUACUUGUGGCAUCAACUUUAUGUACCGUUGGUACACUAGGCUACCUAGCUUUUGGUGAAAAUGUACAAACUGUGGCCCUUUUGAACUUGCCCCCUGGUCUCCUGCCGAGUACAAUUCAGUUAGGGUAUGCAACUGCUGUUCUAUUAUCCAAUGCACUGACUUUAUUCCCUACUAUCCGUAUUAUCGAACAAACCAUGUUUGGUGAACGAACUGGAAAGCACAGCCUGUAUAUUAAAUGGCAGAAGAAUACAUUGCGUAUUAUUGUUGUGGUAGUUGGCACCAUGAUUGCAUAUAUAGGUGCGAACGAUCUGGACAAGUUUAUCAGCUUAAUUGGUUCUGUCUGCUGCUGUCCUCUAAGCUUGAUCUUUCCACCGUUAUUCCACUUGGCUUUACCCUCUGCAAAAGGAGCGAAACGCCUCAUCGAUGUUGUAUUAGUCGGAUUCGGUCUCGUGGUGAUGAUAUUUACCUUUUUUAAUACAUCGAAACAAUGGGCAACUUUAGGUUAA